ACUUCCCAUGGUGUCUUCCAGGCCCAGAGGCUGUUGGGCCAAAGGCGGCCCCGCCGGUCCUUCUUCGAAUACUUCAUCCGGACCCUCAUCAUCACGUGUGCCUCCCUGGCCGUGAUCCUCUCCUCAGUCUCCAUGUGUGACGGGCACUGGCUCCUGGCGGACAACCGUCUCUUUGGGCUUUGGCACUUCUGCACCACCGCCAACUGGAGUGAGCCGACCUGUCUCCGAGACCUGGGCCAGGCCCACGUGCCCGGGCUGGCUGUGGGGGUGGGCCUGGCACGCAGCAUGGGCGCCCUGGCCGUGGUGGCGGCGAUUUUUGGCCUGGAGCUCCUCAUGGUGUCUCAGGUGUGCGAGGACGCCCACUCACGGCGCAAGUGGGCCGUGGGCUCUGUCCUCCUGCUGGUCUCCUUCGUCUUCUCCUCCGGGGGACUUCUGAGUUUCGUCAUCCUCCUCAGGAACCAAGUCACGCUCUUCGGCUUCACCCUGAUGUUCUGGUGUGAAUUCAUCGCCUCCUUCCUCUUCUUCCUGAACGCCAUCAGUGGCCUUCACAUCAACAGCAUUACUCACCCCUGGGAACAGCCAAGGAAACUUUAG